AUGGAAAGCACGCAAGAGUUGAUGGUCUUCGCCAAGGAGAUGCUCCGCCAAAAACCCAGUCGACAUCUGCUCAAGGUCUACCUGAUAGGCUCCGUGUUCGCACUCCUGGGGACUGUCAUGGGACUGCUGGAGAGGGCGUCUCGGCCGUUCUCUUCGGGAGAGCCCGCCGACACAGAGAUGCUCCUCGGGAUGGCCGAGGAGCCGAGGACCGUUGCCUCCGUGACGCCACGCAAAGUCCAGGUGUGGGCCAAAAAGGAAGAGCGUGAGCAGGACACCAUCCAGAGCAUGACUUUUACCAAGCUCCAAGGUGAAAGAAGUUUGUCCAAUCGGCUACAUGCUUCAAGAAGUUAA